AAGAGAGGAGGGGAGCCGAGGAAAGAACAGCUUAGUGCGGAAUUGGCAUGAGUUGACCUUUGACCCCGCUGACUCCCGGCUUCGUUCAUCCAGCCAUGCCCCCUCGUCGGCCGCCCGAGCUCUACCGGGCUCCGUUCCCGCUCUAUGCCCUCCGCAUACACCGUGAAGCUGGACUGGCGCUGAUCGCGGGGGGAGGCGGCGCCGCCAAGACGGGGAUCACGAAUGGCUUGCAUUUCUUGCAGCUGGACUGGAGAGAUGGCAAGUUAUCUGCAUCGCUGCUACAUGCCCAUGACACAGAGACCCGGGCCACCAUGACUAUGGCGCUGGCAGGAAAUUUUAUUGCUGCAGGGCAGGAUGCUACUUGCCACAUCCUGCGUUUCCAGCUCUUUAAAUCUGGGCAGAAAACAGGCGGCAGCAGCGGCGAUAGUGCUAAAACAGGUGCUGGUGAUAAGGAUCUACGGAGGCGCAAGGCCCCUGUCCCCAAUGAGAAAAGCAAUGGCAAUACACACAGGGAGAUGACGGAGGUGGCAGUGGAAACUUUGCACUGUGUCCAAACAGACACCAGCCCAGAUACUCUGCAGAAAGCUGUGUGCUUCAGUGAUGAUCAUACUCUUAUGGCUACUGGUGGCGUGGAUGGUUUCCUGCGAGUCUGGGAGUUUCCCAGCAUGAAAAAAACUCUUGAAUUCCAGGCACACAAUGGUGAGAUAGAGGAUAUAGCACUGGGUCCUGAUAACAAGGUGGUGACAGUGGGACGGGACUUCCAGUGUUGUGUGUGGCAACGAGAUCAGAUGGUGACGGGUCUGCGUUGGAAUGAAAAUCUUCCAGGCAUUCCAGACAAGACCUACCGCUACCAGUCUUGCAAGUUUGGUGCAGUUGAAGACCAAGCCAAGGCAUUGCGGCUGUACACUGUUCAAAUCCCAUACAAGCGUGAACGACGUCCGCUUCCCUGCUACAUCACCAAGUGGGAUGGACAUAGUUUCUUGCCCCUGCUCACUCGUCCCUGUGGCAAUGAGGUCAUCUCAUGCCUCUCUGUAAGUGAGACAGGCACAUUCCUGGGUUUGGGCACUGUCACAGGCUCGGUUGCCAUCUUCGUCGCCUUUUCUUUGCAGAGGCUGUACUACGUGCGGGAAGCACAUGGCAUAGUGGUCACUGCUGUGGCCUUCCUGCCUGAGACUCCUGAACUGCUCAAGAGCAACGAGGCAGCCCUCCUAAGCGUGGCAGUUGAUAGCCGCUGCCGCCUGCACCAGAUUGCCUGCCGGCGUAUGUUCAAAGCUGGGGUGGUGGAUUUAAAUGUGGGAUGGGAGUCCUGCCCUGCUAAUAUGGGGUCUCCUACAAACUCUUGGUUGAUUCAAUGCUCUUUCUCUUCCCAGGGAGUUUCCCCAUCUGGCUGCUGCUGCUCUUCUGUGCUGGGCUGAUUGUGGGCACAGUCCUGUUACUACAGUUGGCCUUCCCAGGGUUCCUCUAAUCUUUCUUCACGGGGAGGUUCCUGGAAAGCUUGGACCUUCUCUGCCCUUCCUGUAAGGGACACAUCUUCUCCUUUCUAACCUCAGAGACUGGAGGGGGGACCCAGGAGCCAGGGCAAUGAUUGCCCUAGUGAAGUGCGUGGUCAGGUGGACUUGGCCAAACUGGAGGCUGGACCUCACAUUGAUCAGGUUUUGGCCUUGAGCAAAUUCUUGUCUUAAGCCCAUCACACUGAAUGGGGAUGAAGGAACUAUACUCCUCCAUUUUUGACUGAUCUGUGAGAAACAUUCCAGCAUUAUUUGCUCUGAGCAAAGAUUUCCCGUUUAAGCUCAGGGCUUAAACCUUGUAUUAUUAAACACAAUGAUGGAGCCGAA